ACUUCGCACCACCUUUCGUCCCAAUCAUUUAUGAGACAGGAUUAUGAAUGUGGACUAAAUCGAUUAACAUCGAGGUGAUAGUUAUUUGCUUACUUUCGAUCAUACCAUGGCCUGGUCCGAGUGUGUUCAAGAUAUCAUGCUCCCGCGAAAGUUCGCGCGUCGUGCGCAAGAUCGUCCAUUCGCGCUGGCUACCGAUACUAGAAAAAUAUCAAGUCAAGCUACCGCUCGAAUGUCCGUUUCAUCCGCUGCGCGACAUCUUCGGCCCACAGCAGAGCGCCAAAAAGCAGCACCGGCCGAGCCAGUGGACGUGCGGUUUCUGUGGCAAAAGCUUCUUCGAGGAGAAGCAUCUCGACAUGCACUUCGAGAACCGGCACCGGACCAACAUCAACACGGCGGAAGAUGCCGUCUGUCUGGCGGACUACUGCGACAUGAUGCGCUGUGAGGUGUUGAUCGCGAAGGACGCGACGCUUGCGUUCGGUAGCGAUCCGAACGCCGUCACGACCGAUAUCGAGGUGUGGAGUGAAGCGACGGCAUACCGGACCGCCCUAACUACAUCGGGACCGCGCGAUCUAGCGAAGGUGCCGGAAAGGAAAUCGUUGCUACCGAAGAUGCUGCAGACAAUUCGGGACGAUGUGUUUCGGAGCCGGCAACCGCAGCAACAGCAGGGCGUGACGUCAAUGCUUCACCAUGCAAAGGGUGCAGACAACUGCGAUAAGAAUGAUGGCACCAAAGCGAAGAGCAGCAGGAAAGGGUCAAAAUCAAGCGGAGAUGGCAGAGAAGCUAAAGAUAGUCCGGUGGAAGACGACGACGAUGAUGAAGACGAUGAGGAUGAGGAUGAAGAUGACGAGGAUGAGGAGGAAGAGGAGUCGGAAAACGAUAGCAAUGCAACGUCUCAGUGUGAGCAGAAUCUGGUCGAUUCCUCACUACCGCCGGUAGAUCGAAAGCAGCAGCGCCUGUCGGAGAUGCAGCGCAUGAAGGCGAACUGCAAUGCGGACGAGAUCGGUCAGCUGAAAACACGCUGCGAGGUGCUGGUGCGUGACUGUAUCGUUGGCCUGCUGGUGCAGCUAUCGAUCGAGGACUUCCGCAACAUGGAGGAGGAACUGAACCGGGCUAUCUGCUGGUAUCUGACCUGCGACCGGUACUGGGAGGAUGGUCCGCUAGAGCAACGGCCAUUCCCUUGGGGUCUUGUCUUCGUGCUCGUAAUGGUGCUUUCGAUGGGCGUAUGCCUGUGUUACUACAUCAUCUGGAUACUGUUCGACAGUGAAGAUUUCAGUCCCGCGGCUAGCAGCCAGCUGACGAGCGCCACAGCACACGGCGGCGGAGGUAGUACCGGUGGCCAUCAUCUGCACCACGGCCGACACUAUCUACAACCGGGUACGGGGGGUUCCGGCAUCUACCGGUUGCAGGACGGUGGACAUUCAGCCGCCAGCCUCAACAAUCUCGGCGCGGGGACGAGCGGUAACGACAUUCAACAUACGCCACAGAUACACGCCUCACCCGGACCCGGUGCUGGUGGAUCGUCCGGUAUGCUCUACACUACGGCCGACGACGGUUACGGCUAUGCGGCAGGUUCCGCUGGCGGCGCCGCUCGUAUGAUUGGACCGGCCGGCAGUGAUGGAGUGUCCUCGGCGGUGGUGGGUGGCGGCGGAUCCGCCAUAGCAGCCGGCGGAGGGAGCGGCGACUUUGGUGAGCUGGGACAGAGCGAACAUUACAUCUACGUGACGUAUCCGCCGGAACUGAAGCGACGGCUGCUGGAAAGGUACGGUAGAGACAUCUAUAUGCAGCUGUUGCGCAAGGAUGUGUACGAUUACUACUAG